GCUCUACACAGAAGUACACUGACAACAGUAGUACUAGGCUGACUGAGCUGAAGAAGUUAAAGCAGCGGCCUUGUGAACGAGUGUGUGAGAGAGAAAUGUUUGUGAAUGCAGGCCAGUCUCAUUGAUGUCACGAGAAAUUCAACAGGCGCACAAGCCAGAGUCGGAUUCCUCUACACUCUUACACUCGCUGUUUGCUGACUGAAAAUAAAUGACUGAUACGGGAAGGUGGUAACGGGAUUUUACAGCAUAAAAGCAUCUGUUUGUGGAUCUAGGCAGCUGAGAUUCUCCUGUUGAAGUAAGUGGAACUAACUAAUUCUAUUCUGAUUGACUCGGAGGUUUGAAAAGUCAUCAUGGUGUUGUUUGGCACUACAUUGAUUGUGGUCACGCUACAUUCAAUGAUGCCAAUUUUGAGUGGAAGACUGAAAAGUGAAACUCAACAAACUGGGACUCGGAUUAUGAUUUUCAACAUCCCAAACACUGAACAUAAAGAAACACAUGAGAGCUUGGAUGAUGUUUUUCUAGAUGAACCCGCUUUAAACCCGUUUAAGAGUCUAGAGUUUUAUGCUAGUGCUGAUGAAUUUUCAAGAAACACUGUGGCUGAAUCGACUGAUAUGCAUUCAGUAGCUGAUUCCAUAUCAACCAGAACUGAAUGUGAUAAAAUUCAUUGUGAAGGUAAAAAUAUUAUACACAAGGAGCCUGAGAUGGAUGAGAAGUUGUAUAAGGUGGGAUGUGAUGGUGAAUGCAUAAUUAAUUCACUGGAUAACACCUCCUCUGAUGGCUUGGAAGAUACAUCUAGUGGAGAUCCAGUGGUCGUCACGCAUCUCGGGCGAGUUCGUGGCCGUACUCUGGAUAAAGCUCAUGUGUUUUAUGGGAUUCCAUAUGCAGACCCUCCUGUGGGGGACAAACGCUGGGCUCCUCCUUCAUCCGUGUCACCUUGGACGUACACGUAUGACGCCACAUUUCCCCGUCCUGCUUGCAUGCAGGUGUGUGCUGGUGAGUUCUCUCGGAUGUGUCCUCCUAAGGUUAGCGAGGACUGCCUGUAUCUAAACGUCUUUGUUCCUGUGAGCGUCAACCUGUCGUUGCCGAUAGUAACAGCCCUGCCGGUGAUGGUGUGGAUUCACGGCGGUGACUUCAUCGCUGGCUCCGCCUCCAAACCUCUAUAUGAUGGCCGCUUCAUCAGUAACUAUAGCAACACAGUAGUUGUAAACAUGGAGUAUCGUCUUGGUGCGUUUGGCUUCUUAGUCACAGGCAAAGAUCCCGAGAGCUCAGCAGUGGGGAAUUAUGGGAUUCUAGACCAGCAGGCAGCACUGUGCUGGGUCCAAGAAACCAUUGCCGCUUUUGGAGGAGACCCAAAUAAGGUUACUCUGUUUAGCGAGAGCGCUGGAGCCCAAUCAGUGUGUCUUCAUCUGAUGAUGCAGAGCAGCGAGUAUUUGUUUAGACAUGCAGCCAUACAGAGUUUACCAUUCUCUUUGCCACUGAAAACCAGAUGGGAUGCGCUGAAACUGGGUUGGGAUUUUGCUAAACUGACUAAUUGCUCAGCAUUUGAUCUGCCCUGUCUGCGCUCUCUCAGCUCACAUGACGUGCUCAAUGCCCAGGUUAAAUCAGGUACAUACUCACAUCACAAAUUUUCAUUUUUGGGUGAACUAUUCUUUAACCUGGAAUAUUCAGUAAGGUUAGCAUUGUUUACCUCUGUCAGCUCUCGUCUGGUCUGUCCUGUAGGUACAACCUCUGAGGAAGGCGUGACCUUUGUGUACAGCGUUUUCAACCAGUCCGUAUCAACUCUGGAAUGUGUGCUCUACACUGCCGCCAUUUUUAAGCAACAUGCACUUAACAUUCUGCACAAAUACAUUCCUUUCUACCGAAACCAGGACAGAAGAGUGAUGCUUUCACAAAUUGUCACGGAUUACAUGUUUCUGUGUCCGACUCGAUGUUCUGCUCGUUCUGGAGUGAGAGUCGGUGGAGCCGUUUGGUUGUAUGUAUUUGACCACGCUCCAUCUGAUCACAACAUAUGGGCGGGGCUUCCGUUCUGCUACAAUCGUACCUGCCAUGGGGCGGAGCUUCCCUUUCUCUUUGACUCCGCCCCCAGCACUAACUUCACACUUACACCUCAAGAGACACUUCUGGCCAAUCGGAUGGCGUGUUACUGGGGAAUGUUUGCCCACACGGGGGACCCAAACUCUCGAAGUGAACAGACGCACUUCUGCACACAGCAGAGGCUGCCGGUUUGGCCUCGGUACACGGCUCCAGAGGGCUGGCCCAUCCUGAACCUGACUCUACCCUCACACCCACAGCACGGGGACAGGGACCAUUUCUGUGACUUCUGGGAUCGGCUGGACAUAUAUUGAGGGGAGGAGAUUGAGCUGGAAGAAAGACAAGAUCAGGGCUCAAACAAUUUUGAUAAACUCUUUGCUAUUCAUUAACCAUUCUGCCAUUUCUUUUUUUAAUUCAAAUCUCAUCUUUAUAUAUUAUCAGUGACUGGGCCAGUGUUAUAACAAAAUAUUAUUUUUAAA